GAGUGUGCCUGCUCUGUUCCGUCAUACCUGGACGUCAUUACUUUUAUUACUUAAACUAGAUUAAAGUCUGUGUUUAUAUGUUAAGGGACAUUGGGCGUUUAAACGCUUAAAAAAUAAAAAAAAGAUCAGAGAUAUUACUUUGCAACAGUGCAAACUUUGCUUCUAAGCUGAAUCUGGAUCACAGUGCAGUCGACGAGGGAUUGGAGCAGUUUCUGGAGGAAUUUCUUCGAUCUGGCAACUCCACCCAGGUCGCAGGGAUUUGCAGCGUGUGUGUUGGUGUGUGUGUGUGAGUGUUGGUGUGUGUACUUUUGGAAAACAGUUGUGGCAGUGAACUUGUUGUAAAGCCACGACAGAGGCAGUUUGAGCAGCAGGAGAACCAUGUGGAGGAAGAAAGAAGCGAGAACUCAGAACGAGCCGCCCAAAGCCGGCGAGCCGAAGAUCGCUGACCCGCUGAGGAGACUCGGCCUGCUGGACGAUGAGGACGUGCGUGUGAUGCUGCAGGGCUCCAGGAUGGUUAAGGUACGCUCACCACGCUGGCAGAAACACCGCGGCUUCCGGCUGCUAGAGGACUGCGUCACUGUGUGGUGCGAGUCCAGCAAAACCUCUCGCAAAGCCAAGAGACGCCAGCCCUUCUGUGUGACGGAGGUGGAGUGUGUGCGGGAGGGCUGCCAGUCCGAGUGCCUGCGUCGGCUUGCUGAUUCCAUUCCCACUUCUCAGUGCUUCACACUGGUGUUUCGUGGCGGAAGGAAGAGUCUGGACCUGUGCUGCUCGUCGCGGGAGGAGGCGCAGUGCUGGGUCCGGGGCAUCCGAACUCUUAAAGAUCGUGUCGCCAACAUGAGCCAGAAGGAGAAGCUCGAUCAUUGGAUCCGAAGCUAUCUGAGACGAGCAGAUCUGAACCAGGAUGGAAAGAUGAGUUAUGACGAGGUCCAGCACCUGCUCCAGAUGAUCAACAUUGACCUGAAUGAGCAAUAUGCACGCACGCUUUUCAAGAAGUGUGACCGCUCCCAUGAUAACCGCCUGGACCACGUGGAGAUCGAGGAGUUUUGUCGGGAGCUCAUGCGGCGCCCUGAGCUGGACGCUGUGUUCCGCCAUUACUCCAGUAACGGCUAUGUCCUCUCCUCUCUGGAGCUCAGGGACUUCCUGGGUGAUCAGGGCGAGGGCGCUACACUGGCCCAUGCACAAAAACUCAUCCAUAACUUCGAGUUCAACGACUGGGCCCAGAAGAACCUGUUCAUGACUCAGAACGGCUUCACCAUGUACAUGCUGUCGAACGAAAAUGACAUUUUCAACCCCGAUCACAAGCGCGUCUAUCAGGACAUGAGCCGGCCGCUGGCCCACUAUUACAUCUCCUGCUCCCACAACACCUACCUCACUAAAGACCAGGUGACCGGAGAGAGCAGCACAGAGCCUUACAUCAGGGCUUUGAACGAGGGUUGCCGCUGUGUCGAAUUGGACUGCUGGGACGGUGAUAAAGGAGAGCCAAUGAUCUAUCAUGGACACACACUCACCUCCAAAGUGUCUUUAAAGGAGGUCAUUGAAACUAUUGCUCAGUAUGCCUUCAAGGUGUCUCCAUAUCCUCUGAUCUUGUCUCUGGAGAAUCAUUGCUCUGUGGAGCAGCAGGCCGUGAUGGCUCAGCACCUGCGCUCUAUCCUCGGUUCAGCUCUUCUCACCAAACCUCUCAGUGACCAGACACUCAAUCAGCUGCCGUCACCAGAGGAGCUAAAAGGCCGGAUUCUGGUGAAGGCAAAGAAGAUGAUCAGUCCGAUGGCAAAAAUAGGCAGCUCGGCCAGCUUCUCCUCCAGCUUAGACGAGGAGGUCGUGGGCAGCAGCAAGAACUCGAGCAAGAAAGACAUUGGGAAGCCUGUGAGCUCUCCUAAGAUGAGUCCCGAGCUGUCAGCGCUGGUGGUAUAUUGCUGCAGUGUGCCGUUUCCUGGAUUCGAAGCGGCCAGUCAGAAACCCCCGAGUGAGAUGUCGUCUUUCUCUGAGAAUGAAGCACUCAAGCACAUCAAAGACUCAGGAAAGCUGUUUGUCAGACACAACACUAGACAACUCAGCCGGAUUUACCCAUCAGGCCAGAGGCUGCAGUCCUCUAACUACAACCCACAGGACAUGUGGAAUGGAGGAUGUCAGAUGGUGGCUCUGAACUUCCAGACACCAGGGGAGCAGAUGGAUCUGAAUCGCGGACGUUUCCUGCCUAAUGGGCGAUGUGGCUACGUGCUGAAACCAGACUUCCUGUGUCAGCCAAAUUCUAAUUUCAACCCCGAGAACACGGGCGGAGGCCCUGGACACAUACCCACUCAACUUACCAUAAGGGUGAUUUCUGCCCAACAGUUACCCAAGAUUAAUACAGAUAAGCGCAACUCCAUCGUAGACCCUCAAGUUUGGGUGGAGAUUCAUGGAGUAUCUAUUGAUAACGCCCGUGCCAAAACUCAUCGUGUCAACAAUAAUGGGUUUAAUCCACGCUGGGAUUGCACUUUGAGCUUUCAGCUGCAGGUCCCUGACCUCGCGCUGGUGCGCUUUGUGGUGGAGGAUCACGAUCACACCAGCAAGAACGACUUUGUUGGACAAUUCACCUUACCCUUUAACAGUCUUCGCACAGGUUACCGUCACAUUCACUUGUUAAAAGCAGACGGCUCGAGCCUCUCCCCAGCCACGCUCUUCAUUCAUGUAAAGGUGAAACGCAGAGGAGUUCCCAUCAAAACGGUGUCUGAGCGCAUGGGUCAUGUGUGAAAUCCUCUGGACUGUGAAAUCUAUAGUGAUCCUAGAUUCUGAAGAUGUCAUCCCCUGGUGGAUGAGAGGAGCAGGAUCAGUGCCCGGCUCCUUAACUUCCUAUACAAGAACUGCGCUGAUGAUACAAACCUGCCUUGUAACGUCCAGCCACAAGAUCCCACACAGAGUCUGCGCUUUUUGAGAGUAUUGCUCAACUGCCAAGGUUUCCAGUCAAAGUUUUAGACUAGAGCUGACUGGGAUCGAAAUAUAUUACUAUGAACAAUUGCUGUUACUGUUUCCCUAGAAAAGUCUUAUGUGGUUAGAGAUGCUUUUAAGUUUCUAUGAAGAUACAGGCAAUGUUGCCAAACUUUGUUGCCAAACUUUGUCUAACAUUUUGCACAAUUCUUAAAUAAUUUCUUUUUCUUAAGUGUAACUUAAUAACUAAUUUAAAUCAUUCGAAUAGUGAUCAAGCGCCUUGUAACGCACUAUUUAAAGGAUUGUUAUUAAUGUAACUGUAACUGCAUUUUGUAGUAUUUCAUGUUGUAUAGAGUAGGUGGAUGUUAGGAUUCUUGAGCCGAAUACUGUCAGCCUAAAGACUGAGCAAGCAUGUGAAA